UAUACCAACCCGCGGAAUUCCGCGGGUUGCUUUUUAUACACAGUUCAUGCAGGAAUUCCUGAUGAAAUCAAACAGGUUAGAGGAACGUAUGUAGACCCAAGACUUGUAAACUAUAUAGCAAUGUGGGCUUCUCCAAAAUAUUGUAUAGCAGUUGGAAAAAUUUUGGAUUCCAUAGACAAGAAAGUUCAUGAGAAGUUAGAUGAAGAAGAACUUGAAGAUACAGUAGAAAAUGCUAAACCUUUGUUCGAAGAAGAAGUUAGAAAAAUGCAUGAAAAACAAAUAGAACAUGAACGUGAGAUAUGUUCUGGUUAUAGAGACUCGCCAUACGAACUAGACCAAUGGGAACAAGAAGAUUUAAAGAGAGAAUUUAGAGAAUAUGAACUCGCUAAGAUAGCAUUAGAAGCUGCAGAAGAGAGGUUAAAAGCUUGGGGUUGUUUUGUACAAAAAUAUUGUGAGUAA